CUGCCCCGCCCUCCCUGGCCACUUACGCUUCCAGGUGCCGGGCGCGCCCUUUCCCUGGAACCAGCUGGGAAACAAAAAGAUGAAAGGGUGCUUCAGGCGUUUGCCCCAGUCAAGCAGCCAUUGCAAGCAGGCGCCCAGCUGGCCCCAUGAGACCCCCCCCCCCCACUCCCCGGCUGGGAGUAGAGAGCGCUCGAGGCCAUCACCAGGACUCUCCAUGGACUCGACCUUGGGCGCCAGCCAGCCUGCAGUGGCCGCCUGCUUUCGGUUUCCCUUUGAGGAAGGGUGUGGCUGGGGAGGGGGCAGGCCCUCGAGGCGCUGUCUCUUCCUCCUUGGCCCUAGGGUGUGGGGUCUGGGAGUGGACUGGGGGCGGCGGGGGAGGGGCCAUGACAGCCAGAUGCCCCCCCCCCAGCCUCCCCACCCUCACCUGGCUGGAGGAAGAGGCUCAGGGGGCCCACCACCCUCAGGACAAAGCCAAAGUCUCCAGAUAGUGGUGGGGGUCAGAUUAGCAAAGGGGGCCUCCAGCUGCUUUUCCACACCCACCCACCCUCCUGCUGCCCCAGAGCGAAGAGCAGGGUCCCCUAGAGCCACACCUGAACGCCCAGCCCAGUGCUGCCUUGCCAGGCCUGAUGCCUCAGUUUACCCAUAGGUCUCCCUGGGGGGGGCAGCCCACCCCCUUCUGUGUUGUGCGCAGCUUUUGUAUGCAAAGGGUGGUGCAUACAGCAGGCACCUCAUAACUGUUUGCCAGCUGGUGCAGCCCACCUGGGGCAGCAGCAUGCUCCCUUGGUGCCUGCCAGUCCGCCAUGAAGCCCUGAGAUGGAGCUGGUCAGACCGAGAGGCCCAAGGCCUGGGCUGCCUAGUUAGCUCCCUGCAGGUUGACCAUCUCCUCAGUCCAGUGUGUGAGCCUGGGGCCAGCUGGGCUGUUUAGUGUCUGAAGAACUGCCUGAGGGCUAAUGGGUGGAUUUCCACCCCUCCCACACCACAAAACCACACAGCGACCAGGGGUUCUAGAGAUGGGUGGGAUAUUAAAAACCUGUGGGCAGGGGUGGCCUGCCAGGGGACAGCCACAAAUACAGGGCUGAGGGCCUGGGUGCUGGAGCCCGGGUGGGACAGAGCUGGCCAACGGAGCUUGCGGGUGGAGGAGGCGGGCUGGGGCACCAAUGCCUGGGGGGUGGGGGCACAGAACGGGGGGAGUCCAUGUCCACCUGCAGCCCCAGGACUGCCUUCCCCACUGGCCCACCUGAGAAGGGCCAGCGGCUCUCCUUCCCCAUCCCUCACAGGGGCCUGUCCCUCUUCCCCCUGGAGAACCUGCUCAGCCUAGCCCUUUGUCAAGCCAGGCUCCCAGCAGAGACAAGAGAAGUCAUCAAUGACCAUCAGAAGUCUGGCAUCUGGAGGGGCUGGAGCAACUGGUGGAGUGGCCACUCCCCCCGCCCUGGGGGGACACAGCUCAGGUGCAGGGAUGCUAGCUGAGGCCCGGGAGCUAGGAGCCCAGCCAGCUGCCUGUGAGUCAUGGGCCUCAGGGAGUGCUUUGAAGAGGGUGACUUGUCUCCAACCCAGGAGCACACCACGUCCUGGAGGGCGGGACCUCUGCGUGGCCGCAGGUGAGGGUCCACCUGUCGCUUCCCAGGUGCCACAGCCCAGGUGGAUGCUCCCACGGGUGCUCUGACAUCAGGGCUGUUGGGAGCCGUCAGGCUGGCCGCAGCCCUGGGUUCCUGCCCAGCACAGCUCCUCUGGCCAGAUGGCCACACUGAAUGCGUCCCUGGCCUUCUUCUUUGGCACCUUCGCCCUCUGUGAGGCGGCCAGGAGGGCAUGCAGGGUCCUGCUCCCAGCAGGCACCUACGUCAGCUUCGCCCGAGAAGCAGUGGGUGCAGUGCAGCUUGGGGCCUGCUGCCUAGAGCUGAGGGUGCUGGUGGAGCUGGGGCCGUGGACCGCGGGCCUGGGGUCUGACCUCUUGCUGACACCAGUUCUCCUGCUUUUCCUGGGGCACGGGGCAUCUCUGGACGGGGCCUCGGCCAAUCCCACUGGGGCCCUGCAGGAGUUCCUCCUGGGUGAGGCGUCCAUGCCUGGCACGCUGCUGAAGCUGGCCGCCCAGGCACUGGGCAUGGUGGCCGCUCGGGCCCUGGUCCAGCUCUGCUGGUCCUGGGAGCUCAGCUUCCUGCAUGUCUUUCAGAACCUUCUGGCCGCAGAAUGCAGCUCAGCCCUUCGCACGUCCGUGCCCCACGGCACCCUGGUGGAGGGCGUCUGUGCCUUCCUCUUCCACCUGACCCUGCUCCGCUUCCGGCACAGCCCUCCUGCCCUCAGGGUCCCAGCCGUGGCUCUGCUGGUCGCUAUCCUGGCCUACACAGCUGGGCCCUUAUCGUGUGCCUUCUUCAACCCUGCGCUGGCCUCUGCAGUCACCUUCCACUGCUCAGGGCACACCUUGCUGGAGUAUGCCCAGGUGUACUGGCUGGGUCCUCUGACAGGGAUGAUCCUGGCUGUCCUGCUGUAUCAGGGCAACCUCCCCCGGCUUUUCCAGAGGAACCUGUUCUACAGCCAGAAGAGCAAGUAUCGGACCCCCAGAGGGAAGCCAGCCCCAGGGCCUGGGUACCUCCAGACCCCUGCAAAAGGAAGGAGCGGCGGGGACCCUGGGCAGAGCAGGACAGGCCAGGCACUAUGUCCCAACUGACCCCUGGCCUGUGGGCACCACGUGGGCAUUACCUGGGGCCCUGAGACCCUGGUGCCAAGGGGGCACUGACCCCUCUCCCCAAACACCCUUUGUCAAUAAACCACUUGUCAAUAAGCCAUUUUCAAGACCCACCCGUCUCCCUGGGCCUCAUAGAAGCCUCUAUAAGGGCAAGGGAAGGGCAGGCAAGGUGGGGCCCUCCUCCUUCCCACAGGACUCGUUCUGGCCUCUUAUUUAGAGAAUAAGAAUAAAACAUAUAACCUAGGAGGAAUGGAGCCCUGGUGGCACAGUGGUUAAGAGCUCGGUUGCUAACCAAAGCGUCCGAAGUUCAAAUCCACAAGCUGCUCCUUGGAAACCCUAUUUUGCCGUCGUUAGGUGCCAUCCAGUCAGUUUCGACUCAUAGCUACCCUGUGUACAACAGAAUGAAACACUGCCUAGUCCUGCGCCAACCUCACAAUCAUUGUUGUGCUUGAGCCCAUCGUUGCAGCCCCUGUGUCAAUCCAUCUCAUUGAGGGUCUUCUUCUUUUUCGCUGACCCUCUACUUUACCAAGAAUGAUGUCCUUCUCCAGGAACUGGUCCCUCCUGGUAACACGUCCAAAGUAUGUGAGAUGUAGUCUCACCAUCCUUGCUCCUGAGGAGCAUUCCGGUUGUACUUCCUCCAAGACAGACGUGUUUGUUCUUCAGGCAGUCCAUGGUAUAUUCAAUAUUCUUCUCCAACACCACGAUUCAAAGGUGUCAAUUCUUCUUUGGUCUUCCUUAUUCAUUUCAUUCAUUUUUUUGCAGCAGAUUUGCCCAAUGCAAUGCAUUUUUUGAUUUCUCAACUGCUGCUCCCAUGGGUGUUGACUGUGGAUCCAAGUAAAAUGAAAUCCUUGACAACUUCAAUCUUUUCUCCGCUUAUCAUGAUGUUGCUCAUUGGUCCAAUUGUGAAGAUUUUUGUUUUCUUUAUGUUGAGGUGUAGUCCAUACUGAAGGAUAUGGUCUUUGAUCUUCAUUAGUAAGUGCUUCAAGUCCUCUUCACUUUCAGCAACGAAGGUUGUAUCAUCUGCAUAACGCAGGUUGUUAAUGAGCCUUCCUCCAAUCCUGAUGCCCCGUUCUUCUUCAUAUAGUCCAGCUUCUCGGAUUAUUGCUCAGCAUACAGAUUGAAUAGGUAUGGUGAAAGAAGACAACCCUGACACACACCCUUCCUGACUUUAAACCACACAGUAUCCUCUCCUUCUCUUCAAACGACUGCCUCUUGAUCUAUGUAAAGGUUCCUCAUGAGCACAAUUAAGUGUUCUGGAAUUCCCCUUUUUUGCAGUGUUAUCCAUAAUUCGUUAUGAUCCACACAGUCAAAUGGCUUUGCAUAGUCAAUAAAACACAGGUAAACAUCCUUCUGGUAUUCUCUGCUUUCAGCCAGGAUCCAUCUGACAUCAGCAAUGAUAUCCCUGGUUCCACGUCCUCUUCCGAAUCCUACCUGAAUUUCUGGAAGUUUACGGUUGAUAUACUGCUGUAGCCACUUUUGAACGGUCUUCAGCAAAAUUUUACUUGUGUGUGAUGUUAAUGAUCUGGUUUGAUACUUUCCGCAUUCGGUUGGAUCACCUUUCUUGGGAAUAGGCAUAAAUAUGAAAUUCUUCAAGUCGGUUGGCCAGGUAGCUGUCUUCCAAGUUUCUUGGCAUAGACGAGUGAAUACUUCCAGCGCUGCAUCCAUUUGUUGAAACAUCCCAGUUGGUAUUCUGUCAAUUCCUGGAGCCUUGUUUUUCACCAAUGCCUUCAGUGCAGCUUGGGCUUCUUCCUUCAGAAACCCUAUGGGGCGAUUCUGCUCGGUCCUAGAAGGUUGUUAUGAGCCAGAAUCGACUCGUCUGGCAAAGAGUUUGAUUUUUUUGCUUAUGGUAGGAAAGAGGAAAAGGACCAAGGUGAGUCCACCUGGUACUAGAAGGUUCUGUGGCAGCACCUGGCUGCCCUGGUCAGGGCCACAGCAGACACAGGACCCGCUUCAGUGCCCACAGCCCAGGAGGUCUCACUGGGGAACUGGUGGUGUCGGUGUGUGUGAGGGGGCACGGCAGCACAGGGCCCAAAUCCUGCCAUCCCCAGCACUGACCCUCCAGAGGGCCCAGGUGGCCCAGCAAGCCAGGUAAACCUCCCUCAAAGCUGGGGCUUGACUUCACACCCGGGUCUCCCAGCCAUCUCCCCUGAGACCAGGCUGACCUGGAAUCCUUCAUCCCAAGAGGACCCAGGCGCCUGAGCUGGUGUCUCCUGAAGCAGGUUGGCUGACGCCAAGGCCCUCACCCCAGUCCUCGGCUGAGAGCAGCUCCUGGGCCCGGAUGCCCCGAGGGAUAGGGUGGAGGGGGAGAAAGCUGAGGAGAGGCCCUGGUGGGCUUCUCCCUGGAUGCACCGGCCCAGGGCACAUCUUCGUGCACCGGCUUCCCUGGUGGGAGAGAGAAGAGCUCCUGUUCCCAACCCUGUAGCUGCCCCCACCCCUCAGAAGCCUCCAUCAGCCUGGCAUGGAGCUGCCUUGUCUGGAGCCCUGGUCUCCCCUUUUCCUUGGCCUGACCACCCCGGGGGCUAAACCUCCCUUGGGGCGAGGGGUUGGGAUGCCAAGGGCCACACUUGCCAAGCCCCCUCCUCGGGAGGGGAGGGGUGCUUGGCUCUGCAGCCCCUGCUCUUUCUUUGUGGUCACUCGCUCAUUCAGGUCCUCAGCACCCCCUCCACGUGGCUCGGGGGGCACAGCAGAGCCCAGCAGCCACCUCCUUCCCUCCCUCUGCAGACCCAGGAUGGCACAGGAGCACCGUGAACAGCUGUUGUCCUUGGAUUUUUCCUGGGACUGAGGGAGCAUGGACCACAGCCGGGAACCAUGAGGGCUGUGGGGGACACUGUUCUGGCCUGGGCAUCCAGGAGGGCUUCCUGGGGGAGGUGGCCUUUGAGGGAUGUGUGGGCAUGAACUCUGCAAGGAGGCAAAUGGGACUGGAUGUGGAAGGUUCUAAGGCUGGAUGAAUAGAUUCAUGAGGGCAGAGGGAAGGAGGGACCAGGAAGGGUGUUAGAGUGAAGAGCCGCACGGUGGGGGUGGGGUGUGAGGACAGGCCUGGAGGAGUGACAGGCGCUGGGCUGGGCCAGGAAAAGGACCGGAUGAGCAGCUGAGCCUGAGCCCAAUGAGCUGAGUGACCCCGAGGUGCGGGUCAGGGCCACUGCUCAGGCUGCCCUGGUGGCCUAUAGGACUUCGGAGCUGGAGGAGUGGGGGAGGGCUGGGCAGGGCUUAUGGGGUCUGCCCUUGCCCAUGCUUCAGGAGGGGCAGGGCUGGCUUCAUGGGCAGUGACCCUAGUCACACAGUAGGACACUGGGAUCAAGAGCCCAGAUUGGCAGUGGCAAAGGGGGUGAAGCCACCGCUGAGGCUUCCCUGGUCCACUGCAGUUUCCCCUCCUUCAUAGCCUGCCAAGCCACUGUUUCUAACUAUAGCUUGGCCCAACUACGCUGCCGCCCUAGCCACAAUUUGCAUUUGGCUCCGGAAUCCCACGCAUGCACAAACCAGGAUCUUGACGCAUGUGUGGGACCUGAAGAGCUGUGGCCCCGAACUGGACCCCAGACCUGAACUUUGCCAGAGAGAAAGAUGUUCUCCGGCACACAGCUGCACCUGAGCCCAUUUUCAGAGCGAAAUAUCUCUUCCUUUGCAACAUGACUCAGCACCUGGAUCUCCAAAUAUGGACAUGGGAGGGACUGGGGUGUCAGGUUUUGGGCACCAGUCCCUGCCCCUUGGGGGCUGGAGGGCAUAAAAGCUCCAGGCUCCCCUGGAGCGGGGAACGCAUGGUCUUUUGGCUGCUAGGCCCCACCUUGUUUGUGCAAACAACAAAUUGCCACUUUCUGCUUUUCCCUUGCAACCGGUGGUGUGGCAUCUGUCUUAUUUUGAUCAGCUAAUAGGACAGGACAAGAACCCUAGUUUGGUUACAGGGGCAGUGGCAGCGUCAGCACUCAGGGUGGGAGGCCAGCUGGCCCAUCCAGCCCCAUGGCCUAUCCCUGCAGCAGCUGUACAGAUAGGAGCCCCCCAGCCUGAGCACCAGGACAGGAGCUUAUAGGUUCAGACAGUAACUUUCAUCAGUGAGUGACGACCAAACAGAAGCAAACACAUGGAUGUUGCAUUGAAGCAUUUCAGGAAGUUACUAGGAUAAUUCGAAGAGUUCAGAAUCCCUACUUUUGAAAACUGCUGCAAAACUGCAAAGCAAAUAUCCACAAGGUUUGCCACAGAAAUUAAAUUUCAAAAUCGUCACAUUCAAAGAAAAGGAAAACAAUUUUAAUAUGAAGCUUUGAAUGAGCCA